GCCGAAUUAAAGACAGGAAGGAAUAUAGAAUCGUGGGUUUUUGCCGUUAGAAUCUCUCGCCUUUCUCUCGCCAUUUUCCCACUUCGCCAUACAUCAACUCAAGAAAAGAGAAAAUUUUAUUUGAUAAAAAUGUUUAGUUUUUGAGAGAUUGGCAAAUAAAAUGGGUUUGUGACGUCAACAACAACACUCAAUCUCUUGCUUCUUCUCCAGAAACAAACACAAGGAAGAAAGGGAAAGGUUGUUGCUUUGUUCUCUUCCUGAAAUUCCCAUUACCGUUCUUGAUGGGGGAUCAUUUUGUGUUACUGGUAAAUCGGUUGCUAACUGAAUCUACCAUUGAAGCUGCUAUUGAGAGCAAAAACCGCUGGCAGCAAGCAACUCCCUCUGGAAGCCAAGAUAAUACCUCUGACCUUUCAUCACAAAGGAUGGAUUUAGAUUUUAGGACAUCUUCAAGAAAAUUGGUAGAGUGUAGGAUUUGCCAUGACGAGGAUGAAGACACAAAUAUGGAGGCACCAUGCUCUUGCUGUGGCAGCUUGAAGUAUGCUCACCGGAAGUGUGUUCAGAGGUGGUGCAAUGAGAAGGGUGAUACUAUCUGUGAGAUCUGUCACCAGCAAUUUAAGCCCGGGUAUACAGCACCACCUCCUUUGUUUCAUUAUGGUGGCAUUCCUAUGAACUUCAGUAUAUCUAUUUUCAGGGGAAACUGGGAGAUAAGCAGAAGGGACUUAAAUAAUCCUGGAUUUAUAGCAAUGGUUAACACAGACCAUGAAUUUAUAGACUCUGACUUUGAUGAUUAUUCAGCUCCCUCUACUAGAAGCCUGAUGUGCUGUCGUGUUGUUGCUAUUAUUUUUAUGGUUCUUCUGGCCUUGCGCCAUACUCUUCCUAUCAUUAAUAGUGGAGCUGGAGAUUACUCGACAACAAUGUUCAUGUUACUAAUAUUGAGGACCAUCGGGAUUCUUUUGCCCAUUUAUGUCAUGGUUAAGGCAUUCACUGCUAUCCAGCAUCGACGUCGACAGCAGCAUCCUCGUUUCUCACUUGCUGCAUCAGAUGAAGAAAAUGAGUUGCCACGGCUGCAGCCUCAGUCACACUUUAUUCCCGUUCAAUGAUUGCCACAACCACCUCACCUAAAGGGCAACAAAAUGUACAGAUGAGGGAAUCAAAUUUCAGUUCUUCCACCAUAGCAAGUGUGCAAACUUGCUUUUAGUAUGGCGAAAAUCAGCAGGAAUUAAUGCUACAGAAAAAAUCAUCAUAUUAUCAUGAAGUAUGAAAUUGAUAACUAUGCGAGUUAGAUGUUAGACAGUAUAUGAGAACUGCAUGCAAGUUAGAUGUUAGACAGUAUAUGAGAACUGCAGCUUAUGAGAAAUGAAAAUGAAGAAUAUAAUAUUUGUUUCCAGAAAAUGAAAUGAAAUAUCAAUUUGUAGUUAA